CAGAAACGACACAAAAUCCAUUUUGUAUUUACUUGAACCAAUCAGUUUUGUUGCUUUAAAAACAAUAGUCGCAAUAAUUUAACCCACAAAUCAUUUAUAUUUCCAACUGAUUAGUCUUUCAUAAAGCAAAACCAAAUUUUGAUUUAAUUUCAGUUUCAUCAAACCAGUUGUCAAUCCUGUUCAGAGUUUGAUGCAAAUCAUUAAAUGAUCACACAAACCAUAACAAAGUGAUAAUGAAAAGAAGCCACCAAACUGCGAUUGUUCCCGGUGAUGUCUUUUAUCAAAUCAUGUUCAUCACUCUCAUCAUAACCUGUCUUCAAUUAACUUCACAUUUAUCACUUUCCCAACCAAUUGCCAUUGAAAUUAAUACCAAUAAUCAAAGCGAAACUGAAUCAGUUGCUCUAGCUGCCAAUGAAACAGCUAAUUCAACAACACCAGUUCAAUCAAAUGAAUUGUCAUCCACAUCAACACCAAUACCAACAUCAACCUCAACUUUACCGCCGCCAUUACCAACACCUUUGCCAUCAAAAAGUUACCCAAAACUGUACUCUGGUUUGGCCCAUCUGACAAUGGACAACUUCUUACAGGCAAAAGCGGCCAAUCUUGGAAGGACCAAAAGAAUGAAACGGAGCAGACCUAACAUGGUUAAACAGGACUCAUCAUCACCAUUCUCGUUGAUUAAAUUGCUCUUAACCAGCCAUUUGAAUCCACCAAAUGACUAUCCAAUGAGCUACUCGCUAACAAACAGACCAUCAACCGGACAAUUUGGAUCCGUCUUUUCAAACAACUUGGACGAUUCAUUGUAUGACAAGAAUGAGUUUCCAAUCUCGUUUAGCAAUAAUAUCAAUACUGGACAUUCACGAUUCAUUCAAGAGCCAUUGGCAUCGUUUUAUCCUGGAACAAAUGAUUUGGAUUUGAUUGAAUUGGGUGGAGGAGAUGAUACUUUUGAUGGUCCAAGUGAUGAUUGGAACAAUCAAGCAACAGCCAGAUUAAUCAACCCAAUUGAUACAGACCUUGCUGAUGGUGAUGUUAAUGGAUACUCGAUGGACCCAUUUAUACCAAUAAGAUCAAUGAGACGAUCAAUUUUACCCUUUGAUUUGAAAUCUCAAUCAGAAAUGAUCAAACCAAUUGCAAUGAAGAGGAAAAGACGAUUAACUGGACUAUAUCCAUUGAAUGGAGUUGAAAGGUCACCUGUUUUGGGUUCAUCAUUGUUUGAUAAGAAUCGUUAUCGAAUACAGCAUCGAUUAAAUGGCGAUCAGUUUGAUUGAAUCAUAUCUUCAUCUGAUUAACUGUUACUAACUGAGUAUUCCAAAUUUUACAAGUUUAAAGUAAUUUAUUAUUUCCAUUUAUAAGUAACUCGGCAAUUAGUAACAGAAUCAAGUCUUUUUAAUCGCAUAGCUGGAAUCAUAACUAAUCAUUGAAAAGUUAAAUAAUAUGAGAAAUUAGCUCUCGAUUCAUCGUAACUUGUUAAUUACCAAAUUUGUGGUUACAAACCCAUUGUAAUUGUUACAUUAAGUCCUCAUUCAAUGGUUUGAAUAGCAUUGAUGUAUGAUUGGCUUUGUUAUUCGUACAAUAAUUAGCACCAAAUUAUUACAUCAAUUUAAUUGAUUGGGAAAAAGAUCUGUUAAUGAAAAUACAAAAUAUAGACAGUAAAUUCAUACAAAUGCACCAAUGUCAACCCAAAUAAUACAUCAACAUUCAAAAUGGGAGCACAAUUGUUCACAAAUACUUACUCUUUGUUAAAUAAAAGAAACAAAUCAUAUUGAUUAAUUAAAA